CCUCAUUGGAAUGACUUCAUGUAAUAUAAUGAGCUGCAUUUAUGAUUCGAGCCGUUCCCUCGCACCACUAUGAUUGCGCAGCAGGACGACGAGGAGACACCUCUUCUGCAGCAACCAGAGCAACCAAAGGCCAAGACACCUCUACCCUGGGAUCAAUUUUGGAUUAUACUGCUCGUGGAGAUGCCAGAUUUUCUUUCUUCUGGGACCCUUGCGCCGUUUAUUCCUCAACUCAUUAGAGACAUCGGAGUCACUCACGGAGACGAAUCCCAGGUUGGACACUAUGCCGGCAUCCUUCAAUCAUCGUACUAUGCAGCUCAUACCCUGACCAUCUUUCAUUGGGGUCAACUGUCCGACCACAUCGGGCGGAGGCCCGUAGUUCUGACAGCUCUAUUAGCACUUAUUAUUUCGAUGUUUGCGUUUGGGCUGUCGAAGACAUUCUUUGGUCUAGUGGUAAGUCGUGUUGUCUGCGGCGCUUUUGAUCCAAGCACUUCUAUCAUCAAGACCUUGCUGAUGGACAUAACUGACGCAACCAAUAUGCCCAAGGCAUACAGUUAUAUGCCAAUUCCGUGGAUGAUUGGAACCACAGUUGGACCACUCAUUGGAGGAUCGCUCUCCCGACCAGCAGACAGAUUUCCUGGCAUAUUUGGGCGGUCGGAACUGCUGAAAACCUACCCAUAUCUCCUGCCAUGCUCUAUCUCGGCAUCUUUCAUAUUCAUAACUUGGCUAGUCGCGUAUAUCCGUCUUAAAGAGAGCAUUUCUACCAGGACAACGCUCUGGGAGCUAAUCAAAGGAGGAUUCUUCGGACAAUCACACUCGAAGCCUCGCCAGCCAUCGAGCGAUAUCAUAGUUGAUCCUAGGGAAACGAAUCCCGGAGAAGUCCAAGCAAAGCCGCUUCCGCUGCGUGCUUUACUGACCUCGAAAGUGUUGAGCACAACAGCGAGUUAUGCCACCCUGGGCCUGUUUCAGUUGGGUUUUAAUUCGGUGUUACCGGUUUUCUAUGGCACACCGAUUGAACUCGGUGGUCUUUCCCUUGACCCUCCUCGCAUCGGUGCCUUACUUGCGGCAUCAAGUAUCAUACAAGGCAUAUUCCAGCUAUUUUUCUACGCUCGUUUACAUGAUCGCUUCGGUGCAAGAGCUAUCUACAUCACCGGCGUUAGCUCCGGCAUACCCAUCGUCGUCUUAUUCCCAGUGACCAAUGCUCUGGCUCGAGCCUAUGGAAUAGGCAUGGCGGUGUGGCUGUGUGCUGCCAUUCAGCUUACGCUGAAGACUAGCUUGAUCAUGUGCUUCCCCUGCCUGACAUUAUUCAUCCGAGCAGCUGCUCCCAAUCGCGCCUCGCUCGGAGCAACCAAUGGAAUCGCCCAGGUGGCUGUCGCAGUAGCAAGGAUCGUUGGCCCGGCGUCUGCGGCUUCAGCCUUCUCUUAUUCAUUGCAGGAAGGGCAUGAUGCGUGGUUGAUAUACUACUUCUUGAUCGCAAUUGCACUUCUCGCUGUAGGUACUGGUCUAUUACUUCCCCGUGAUCCUAGUAUAUGGGAAGAUUCCCAAUAGUAUCAUCGCGAAUGACCGUGUACAUUAUGAUCUAGUGUAGGAGGCAGAACUAACAAAACUGUACUAACUUAUACCCUUGCAAGUUC